GGCUCGGGGCCGCCGCGCUGGGCUGGGCUCCGCGCCCCUUCCCUCUUCCCUCGCCUUGCCUCGCUGGGCUCCCCUCCCCCCGGGCGCUGCCUCCGCACAGGCCCGAGCCGCUGCCGCCGGCUUGUUGUCGGCCUCAUCCCCCCCUCCUCUCCGCAAAUUAGGAAUCGGGGCUAAUUGUCCCCCGCUGCCCCCCCCGCCCCCGGAACCUGCACUUCGCAUCUCGCCGUGGCUUUUUUUUUUCUUCCUCGCUCUUUGCCGUUUGUGCCUCCAAACGCUACUUUGCGUGGAAGAAGGAGAAGGGAAAAAGUUGGGAGCGGAUGGCUGUAGUUUCUUCUCUGGGAUCCUCAUUCAUUCCUCGCUGAACCUCCUGUUGCAUAAAUGAUGCUCCGGGAGAGAGGCUUUGCCUUUUUUUUUCUCCUCCGGAUUUGGGUUUAAGAGUGGAUGUUGCCGGGUUUGUGUGAUUUUGCUAAAAUGCAUCACCAACAGCGAAUGGCUGCCUUAGGGACGGACAAAGAACUGAGUGAUUUACUGGAUUUCAGUGCGAUGUUUUCACCUCCUGUGAGCAGCGGGAAAAAUGGACCAACUUCCUUGGCAAGUGGACAUUUUACUGGCUCAAAUGUAGAAGACAGAACUAGCUCAGGGUCCUGGGGGAAUGCAGGACAUCCGAGUCCAUCCAGGAACUAUGGAGAUGGGACUCACUAUGACCACAUGGCGAGCAGGGACCUCGGCUCACAUGACAAUCUCUCUCCUCCCUUUGUCAAUUCCAGAAUACAAAGUAAAACAGAACGAGGUUCCUACUCCUCGUACGGUCGCGAUUCCAACCUCCAGGGCUGCCACCAGCAGAGCCUGCUGGCCGGGGAGCUGGAGCUGGCCACGCCCGGGGCGCUGUCCCCCAGCAAGCCGGGCUCGCAGUUCUACCAGUACGGGGGCAGCGCCCGCCGGAGACCCCUGCACGGCUCCUCCAUGGAAGUUCAGACAAAGAAAGUUCGCAAGGUGCCCCCGGGUUUGCCGUCCUCUGUUUACGCUCCGUCCGCCAGCCCGGCCGAGUUCAGCUCCAAAGGCGCCGCCAGCGCUUUCCCCUCCUCCUUCUUCAUGCAAGACGGGCACCACGGCGGCGAGGGCUGGAGCUCCUCGGGCACCAUGGGCCAGGCUGGGUACUCGGGGAUGUUGGGCAAUUCCUCCCAUUCGCACCUGGGCACCUCCAACUACUGCAGCCUGCACCCCCACGAGAGGCUGACGUACCCUGCGCACUCCUCGGCCGAGCUGAGCUCGGCGCUGCCGCCGAUGUCGUCGUUUCACCGCGGCGCCUCCAACGCCUUCGGCUCCUCCUGCACCCCCCCGGCCAACGGCGCCGAGCCCCUCCUGGCUCGAGGCGGCGCAGGGGGGAGUUCGCAGACCGGGGACGCGUUGGGCAAAGCUUUGGCGUCCAUUUACUCUCCAGACCACACCAACAGCAGCUUCCCCUCCAACCCCUCCACUCCCGUCGGCUCGCCCCCUUCGCUCGCAGGGACAGCUGCUUGGGCCCGGAAUGGAGGUCAGGCGUCUUCAUCUCCCAAUUAUGAGGGGCCCUUGCACUCCUUGCAGAGCCGCAUCGAGGACCGCCUGGAGCGCCUGGACGAUCAGAGCAAAUCCCGAGGACGCCUGGAGCGCGCUGGAUGA